AUGGAGGUGCUUUUAAGUGGAAGAGGAUUAAUCAUAUCUCUAAUAUUCCUCCUGCUAAAAUUCUCAGCAGCAGUUGAAAUACCACCCUCAGUUUUAUCUUAUAGAUUUACAUGGACUAAGGAUGACAAGCCUUUUGAUCUCUCUGACCCUCGGAUAACUGUAUUUAACAAUUCAGGAACAUUCAAGAUCCCAAAUGAAGGGCACAUAUCUCAUUUUCAAGGGAAAUACCGCUGCUUUGCUUCUAAUAAACUAGGAGUUGCUAUGUCAGAAGAAAUAGAAUUUAUAGUUCCAAAAUUAGAACAUAUCAAGCAAGAUGAAAGAGUAUACAUGAGCCAAAAGGGAGAUCUAUACUUUGCAAAUGUGGAAGAAAAAGACAGUCGGAAUGAUUACUGUUGCUUUGCUGCAUUUCCAAAAUUGAGGACUAUCGUACAGAAAAUGCCAAUGAAACUAACAGUUAACAGUUCGAAUUCAAUCAAGCAAAGAAAACCCAGACUGCUGUUGCCUCCUACCGAGAGUGGCGGUGGCAGUGAGUCUUCAGUUACCAUCCUCAAAGGGGACACCCUGCUGCUUGAAUGUUUUGCGGAAGGCCUACCAACUCCACAGAUUGAUUGGAAAAAAAUGGGUGGUGACUUACCAAAAGGAAGAGAAAAAAAAGAAAAUCAUGACAAGACUUUGAAGAUAGAGAAUGUAUCCUACGAGGACAAAGGAAAUUAUCGCUGCACAGCCAGCAAUUUCUUGGGAACAGCCACUCACGAUUUUAAUGUUAUAGUGCAAGAGCCUCCUCACUGGACAAAGAAACCUGAGAGUGCCGUGUAUAGCACUGGGAGCAACGGGAUCUUGUUAUGUGAGGCUCAAGGAGAACCUAAACCCACAACCAAGUGGAAAGUCAAUGGCUCCCCAAUUGAAAAUCAUCCAUUUGCUGGUGAUGUUAUCUCCCCCGGGGAAGUCAGUUUUACCAACCUACAUCCAAAUCACACUGCUGUAUACCAGUGCGAAGCCUCGAAUGUCCACGGAACUAUCCUUGCCAAUGCCAAUAUCGAUGUUGUAGAUGUUCGUCCAUUGAUACAAACUGAAGAUGGAGAAGAUUAUGCCACUGUGGUUGGGUACAGUGCUUUCUUACAUUGCGAGUUCUUUGCUUCACCCGAGGCAGUAGUCUCCUGGCAGACGGCGGAAGAAGCAAAACCCCUUGAAGGCAGGCGGUACCACAUCCACGAAAACGGCACAUUGCAGAUCAACAGAACCACUGAAGAAGAUGCUGGGUCGUACUCUUGCUGGGUAGAAAAUGCUAUAGGAAAAACUGCAGUCACAGCCAAUUUGGAUAUCAGAAAUGCUACAAAACUUAGAGUUUCUCCUAAGAAUCCUCGUAUCCCCAAAUUCCACGUGCUUGAAUUACAUUGUGAAAGCAAAUGUGACUCGCAUUUGAAAGACAGUUUGAAGUUGUCCUGGAAUAAAGACGGAGAAGCCUUUGAAAUCAAUGGCACAGAAGACGGCAGGAUAAUUAUUGACGGGGCUAAUCUGACCAUAUCUAAUGUCACUUUAGAGGACCAAGGUAUUUACUCCUGUUUAGCUCAAACUGCUCUCGAUAGCAUUGCUGAUAUUACUCAAGUUACUGUCCUUGAUGUUCCGGAUCCACCAAAAAACCUUCAUUUGUCUGAAAGACAGAACAGGAGUGUUCGGCUGACCUGGGAGGCUGGAGAUGACCACAAUAGCAAUAUUAGCGAGUAUAUUGUUGAAUUUGAAGGAAACAAAGAAGAACCAGGAAGGUGGGAGGAAUUGACUAGAGUCCAAGGAAAGGAAACAACAGUGUUGUUACCUUUGGCUCCGUAUGUGAGAUACCAGUUCAGGGUCAUAGCCUUGAACGAAGUAGGGAGAAGUCAACCCAGCCGGCCUUCGGACCACCAUGAAACACCACCAGCAGCUCCAGACAAGAACCCACAAAACAUAAGAGUUCAAGCCUCUCAACCCAAGGAAAUGAUUAUUAAAUGGGAGCCUUUGAAAUCCAUGGAGCAGAAUGGACCAGGACUGGAGUACAGAGUGACCUGGAAGCCACAGGGAGCCCCAGUGGAGUGGGAAGAAGAAACAGUCACAAACCACACGUUGCGGGUCAUGACUCCCACUGUCUAUGCUCCUUACGAUGUCCAAGUCCAAGCUAUCAAUCAGCUCGGCUCUGGGCCUGAGCCUCAGUCAGUGACUCUCUAUUCUGGAGAAGACUAUCCUGAUACAGCUCCAGUGAUCCACGGGGUGGAUGUUAUAAACAGUACAUUAGUUAAAGUUACCUGGUCAACCAUUCCAAAGGACAGAGUGCAUGGACGUCUGAAAGGAUAUCAGAUAAAUUGGUGGAAAACAAAAAGUCUGUUGGAUGGGAGAACACAUCCCAAAGAAGUGAACAUUCUAAGAUGUAAAAGUAUCGGGAAGAUAUCAGAAGGAGUAAAUCUUACUCAAAAGAAUCACCCAGUAGAGGUACUUGAGCCAGGAGCUGAACAUAUAGUUCGCCUAAUGACUAAGAAUUGGGCUGAUAAUGAUAGCAUUUUUCAAGAUGUAAUUGAGACAAGAGGGAGAGAAUAUGCUGGUUUAUAUGAUGACAUCUCCACUCAAGGCUGGUUUAUUGGCUUGAUGUGUGCGAUUGCUCUUCUCACACUAAUAUUGCUAACUGUUUGCUUUGUGAAGAGGAACAGAGGUGGAAAGUACUCAGAUUGUAUUCACUUUGCAGCCACCAACACAUAUCUGUAUACCUACUGUGUGCACCUGCAAAGUGACAGUGAUGAAAAACCUCUCAAAGGAAGCCUUCGGUCCCUUAAUAGGAAUAUUCAGGCCACAGAAAGUGCCGACAGCUUGGUUGAGUACGGAGAAGGAGAGCAUGCCCUCUUCAAUGAAGAUGGAUCAUUUAUCGGCGCAUAUGCCGGAUCCAAGGAGAAAGGAUCUGUUGAAAGCAAUGGAAGUUCUACAGCAACUUUUCCACUCCGAGCAUAAACACAACCUGUGUAAGCCACAUUCCUGGUUCACCUCAACC